AAAGUGAGCUCUCGCCUCUCUCCCAAAACCCUAAUUAAAACCCUCCUCACCAUCAAACCUCAACGCACGCAGUAGCCCAGACGGAGACAGAGACGGCCAAAACAAAAGGUUUGAAGAAUGGUGAAGGCGUACCUAAGAUAUGAGCAAGCUUCUUCCUUUGGCGUGAUAACGUCUCUGGAGUCCAACAUCUCUUACGAUUCGACGGGGAAGCAUGUGCUUGCUCCUGCGCUGGAGAAGGUCGGCAUCUGGCACGUCCGCCAAGGAAUCUGCACCAAAACCCUAGCUCCUUCCUCCUCUCGCGUCGGAAAGUCCCUUGCCGUUACCUCUAUCGCCUCCUCUGCCUCUACUUCGGUUGCAGUUGGGUAUGCAGAUGGGAGUAUAAGGAUAUGGGAUUCUGAGAAAGGGACAUGCGAGACUACUCUUAAUGGCCAUAAGGGUGCUGUGACUGCAAUGCGCUACAACAAGGCUGGUUCUAUGUUUGCAUCUGGAAGUAAAGACAACGAUGUUAUCUUGUGGGAUGUGGUCGGUGAAACUGGGCUUUUUCGUCUCCGUGGUCAUCGUGAUCAGGUUACCGAUCUUGUUUUCUUGGAUGACGGAAAGAAACUUGUUACUGCAUCUAAGGACAAGUUCUUGAGAGUCUGGGAUCUUGAGACCCAGCACUGUAUGCAGAUUAUUAGCGGUCAUCACACUGAAGUCUGGUCUGUGGAUGUUGAUCCAGAGGAAAAAUAUCUCGUCACUGGUUCUGCUGAUCAAGAACUUAGAUUUUAUGCUGUCAAACAAAACAUGCCACAUGUAUCAGUGGUGUCAGAUUCAGAUGCAAAUGGAGUUGAUGCAAGCGGUGAUCAUAUGACCGAGAAUAAGUGGGAAGUUUUGAUACCGUUUGGGGAGAUCCAGAGACAAACCAAGGAUAGAGUUGCGAGCGUGAGGUUCAAUAACUCAGGAAGUCUGUUGGCUUGUCAAAUGGCAGGAAAAACAGUCGAGAUUUUCCAGGUGUUGGAUGAAACGGAGGCAAAGCGGAAAGCCAAGCGUAGGCUUCGAAGGAAAGAGAAGAAAUCUUCCAAAGAAGGGGUUGAAGAUGUAGCUGCUGACGGAGAUGCAAGUAAUGAAACCGAGAAAGCUGAUACUGUUACUACUACACCUACUGUCCCUGACGUUUUUAAGCUACUACAAGUCAUUAGAGCUGGCAGAAAAAUAAGCUCUUUCUCUUUCUGUCCGAUUACUCCAAAAGAUUCCUUGGCGACAUUGGCUCUGUCUUUGAACAAUAACUCACUGGAGUUCUAUACGCUAAAGAGCAGCGAGAACGAGAAAACUGCUACCAUUGAGCACCAAGGACAUCGAUCUGAUGUGAGAAGUGUAGCCCUCAGUACCGACAACACCCUUCUGAUGUCAACCAGUCACAGUGAAGUGAAAAUUUGGAAUCCUAGCACGGGUUCCUGUCUCCGGACCAUCGAUUCUGGAUAUGGAAUCUGCAGUUUGAUUGUACCUAAAAGCAAGUAUGGUAUUGUUGGAACGAAGAGUGGGAUACUCGAGAUAAUUGAUAUAGGGAGUGCUACAAAAGUGGAAGAUGUUGAAGCACAUGGUGGAACUAUUUGGUCAAUUGCACCCAUUCCAGAUGAUACUGGGUUCGUCACUGUCAGUGCAGAUCAUGAAGUCAAAUUCUGGGAAUACCAAGUCAAAAAGAAAGCUGGCCAAGAAGCCAAGCAACUCACGGUUUCGAAUGUGAGGUCUAUGAAGAUGAAUGAUGACGUACUUGCUGUUGCCAUCAGUCCUGAUGCUAAACAUAUUGCUGUUGCAUUGCUAGAUUCCACGGUGAAGGUUUUCUAUGUGGAUUCCUUAAAAUUCUUCCUCUCCUUGUAUGGCCACAAGUUACCUGUCAUGUGCAUUGACAUUUCAUCCGAUGGAGCGUUAAUCGUAACUGGUUCUCAGGACAAGAAUAUCAAAAUUUGGGGAUUGGAUUUUGGUGAUUGUCACAAGUCCAUCUUUGCUCACGAUGACAGUGUUAUGGGCGUAAAAUUUGUUCGCAAUACCCAUUACAUGUUCAGCAUUGGGAAAGACCGACUUGUAAAGUAUUGGGAUGCAGACAAGUUUGAGCUGCUGCUGACGCUUGGUGGACAUCACGCAGAGAUUUGGUGCUUCGCUGUGAGCAAUCGUGGUGAUUUUCUUGUGACAGGAUCUCAUGACCGCUCCAUGCGACGCUGGGAUCGUACUGAAGAACCCUUCUUCCUCGAGGAGGAAAAGGAAAAGAGGUUAGAAGAGCUGUUUGAGUCUGAGAUUGAUAACGCAGGGGAGAACAGGCAUGGAUCCCAGGAGGAAAUCAUUGAGGAAGGUGUUGCAGGUUUAGCUAAGAAGACCACAGUAGAUGUCCUAUCAGCUGCUGAUUCAAUCAUAGAAGCUCUAGAAAUGGCAGAGAAUGAAAAGAACCGUCUUGCUGAAUAUGAGGAGGAGAAAACAAGGGGAAAGGUUCCUGAUUUCGCUCCAAAUAUUGUGAUGCUGGGGCUGUCUCCAUCUGAGUAUGUUCUCAAAACCAUCUCGAAAGAAAAAACAAACGACCUUGAACACAUCUUGCUGCCUCUACCAUUCUCAGAUGCUUUAAAGCUUCUUUCCUACAUGGAAAACUGGAGUUUGAUUCCUGAAAAGGUAGAAUUAGUAUGCAGGAUUGCAACGAUUGUAUUACAGACUCAUCACAAUCAGUUGGUAACGACUCCAGCUGCACGACCAAUAUUAAGUGUUCUCAGGGAUAUUCUUCACGCUAAAGUCAAGGAAAGCAAAGAUACAAUCGGUUACAAUCUGGCUGCCAUGGAUCAUCUCAAGCAAAUGAUGGCAUCAAGGUCUGAUGCUCCAUUCAAAGAUGCAAAGGCGAAGCUAAUGGAGAUAAGAUCACAGCAAGCGAAACGCAUGGAGGAACGGUUGGAUACGAAAACAGAGAGGAAAAGAAAGAAGAAACAAAAGAGAUUAGAGGAUGGCCAUGGUCAUGCUUGGGCCUGAUCCUCCUCUCUUUUUCACAGUUUCCUUUUUUGUGUUGUAAUGUGAAACGGUUAAAAUUGAAUCCAAAAUUUUGCUGUAGUACUUUACUUUAAUAUCUAUCAAAAAAAACUUGGAUUUA